GAGCGUUCCAAACGGCCGCAGAAGCUCGUCUGAAAUCAUGCUAUAUCAUGACCGUGUUUGUUGGGUAAUGUUGUGAUGAUGGGUUCUUCUCAUCUAUAGAUUCUUGUUGGCAUUGGCCAAGAUAGAGGGCCUGCAUAGUGUGGAUGUGGAGAUUUCACUCCCACACCACGAUGAGCCCCAUCGACUCGCCUCCACGCGCUUCGUGUCAUCAUCAUUAGCAACAUCAACAACGUAAACAUCAUCAACAGCCCGUGCGCUCCGUGUCAUCAUUAGCAACAUCAACAACGUAAACAUCAUCAUCAACAGCCCGUGCCAGUAUCAAAAACAUGAAUACAAUUAUCGUCAUCAUCGACACAUCAAUCCAUCACCAUCAGCAGCAUGUCAAUACAUGAUCAUAAUCACCAUACUCCGUGAUCGUCAACAUCAUCUUCAUCAUCAUCAUAAACAGCACCCGAUAUAUUAUCGUUAAUACCCCAAUCCAUCAUCAUCAACACCAGUACCCAACUCAUCAUCACAGGUCACAACCACAUCAUAAUCACCAUCACACCAGUCCACCACCAUCAUCAUCACAGCACCCAAUAUGACAUCAUCAUCACAAUCGUCACUGUCAUCACACUCGUGGAGGACUUCAUGCCAGCACACGCAGCUCUUAUCGCAUGACCCACGCUGUCUGAUACAACUCUGCAUAUUUGCCCACGAUAACAAAACGGAGACUUCAAAGUUACGGCUAGGAAAUCCAUGACAAUGGAAUGGUAGCUAAGUGCACAAAUAAGUCCCCUACAAAGUAAUAACCCCCUUUUCAGAUGCCUUCCCCUACCCCGACCACACAAAGCAGAGGGAGGGGGGAGGGGGGCUUCCUUGGGGGUCUGCGCCCCACCGAUUCUCUCCCCCCGCCUUUCUCCGAUCUCCCACUCGAGCCGCUGUUACCUGGUGUCGCCUGGUGUCGCCAGGUAACCACAUGCGUGCGUGCGUGAGUCACGCGCAGCGGGGGGUCGGAGCCGCAGGUAAGGCGACGGCGAGUCGAGGUGUUUCGACUCAGAGCGUGAGAGAAGCGGAGAGGGCGAGGACGGCAGCAGGUCGGGGCGAGUGAGUCGACUCCGCGUCUCGGCGCGAGGAGGAGGAGAAGAGGAGGAGGUCCCCAAGACCGAGAACCCCCUUUCUUCCGAGGACCAUCGCGGCCACUCCGAUGCGCGUCCCCACGCUGGCGGGGUGAGCGACCCGCGGCGUCGGCCAUUAUGUUCCUGGCCGGCCCUGCUCCUAUUCUCACGCCACCUCCCGUCCAGGGGCACAACUUCGUGAGCCGUCCUCUGUUCUUCCCGGGCGCCGCGUGGUCGGACCCCAGCGCCAUGGAGACCUUCCAUCACUUCCACCACGGAGGACGCGGCACCACCACCUCGCCCUCCUACUCCUACUCGUCCUCCAUCCCGCCCCAUUACCCCUACCAACACGCCUACCCCUACAUGCACCCCGGCGCUUAUUUGGCCCCGUACGUCAACCCGUACGUCAACCCGUACGCGUACCAUCAACACGCGGCAGGCUACUACGCCGGCUAUCCUGGCACGUUCGGGCUUUACUACAACCAGCAGCAGCAGCAUCAUCAUCAGCAGCAACAUCAGCAUCAGCAGCAACAUCAGCAGCAGCAUCACGCCCAGAACCUGCAGCAUUGGCCCGAGGGCGCGAGGCUGAGCGGGGAGCUGCGCUUCGGGGAAGUGGCGCGGGUCCACGCCGGCAGCGAGCGGCGCCCGCUGCCCGAUCUCGUGCUGGCGGACCUGCGGCGCGUCUACGGCACCUUCCCGCACACCGCCUUCACCGUCAGCCGCAGCGGAGGCGAGUUCCUGGUGCACGGGGAGCCGCGCGUGGGGCCCCAGGAGUACACCGUGGAGCGACGCGUGCUCAGGCCCAGCCAGAGCCCCAGCGGCAGCAGCAGCAGCGGCGGAGAGAGCGACGGGGGUCGGAGGGGGAAGAGGAAGGGCAAGAAGGGGGCCAGGCGCUAGAACGAGGGCGGCGAGGGACGCGGGGGAGGUGUGGUGGUGGUGCCGGGGCGAGUCUGUGGCUCCGUCUUGCCCGGCUGUCGUAGGAGAUUCCAUUGUCACCUUCCCGGGACAGUCCGGGAAUUUGUUUUUGUGUGCCACGGGUGGCAGACGGUCUCGGCCUGGUCCUGGCCGCACCACGGCCUCGUGCCGGCCUUCAUAGGUGCUGCCCGGUAACAACACUUGCCCCUGUCUGUCAAAGGUUAUGCGGGGGGGGGGGGGGGGUUGUCUUUGUUUUAUCUACGAAUAUGCAAAUACUGUAUACGUUUGGGAAUAAAACGAAAUAAAUGUUUACAAAAGGA